GGGAGCGGAAGUGGCUCGCAGUUGCGGCGGCGGCGUCUGGUCGGAGGGGCUCUUCUCGGCCGCUCCGAGGCUCCCGCUCGCUUCGGGCGUCGGCCGCGGCGCCCGCGGGACGAGAUUGCUUCCAGGACUUGCGGGGACUGGACAUCUCUGGCUGCCCAUCUGCCUGGGCCAGAGGGAGGAUGCACCGGCAGCACGUGCACGGCUGAGACGCUUCCUGCAGACUCCGUGGCCCAGCCCCAGCAUCAUGAGUACGAGAAAGCGUCGUAGUGGCACAUCAAAUUCUAGACAAGCCCAGAAACGAGCCCGGGAAGCUGCCCCCACCCCCGAGAUGGCCUUGGAAGCUGAGCCCAUAGAGCUCGUGGAAAGUGCUGGAGAUGAGAUUGUGGACCUUACCUGUGAGUCUCUAGAGCCUGUGGUGGUCGACCUGACGCACAAUGACUCUGUUGUGAUUGUGGAUGGCCAUCCGGGACGGUCAGCUGUCCGAUCUGCAUGGACGGGUACUCAGAGAUCGUGCAGAAUGGGCGCCUCAUCGUCUCCACAGAGUGUGGCCACGUUUUCUGUAGCCAGUGCCUCCGCGACUCCCUGAAGAACGCGAACACUUGCCCGACCUGCCGGAAAAAGAUCAACCACAAACGAUACCACCCCAUUUAUAUAUGAGCUGUGCAGCUGCAGCGGGGGGGUGGGGGGGGAGAGAGAGAGGAGAGGGAGAGGGAGAGAGAGAGAGAGAGUGUGUGUGUGUGUGUGUGUGUGUGUGUGUGUGUGUGUGUGUGUGUGAGAGAGAGAGAGAGAGAGAGAGCGUGCAAGAGAACGAGAGCGAGUGCCAGCCGGCUGGCUAGCCUCGCCAGAGUGCCUGCCUGCCUCCAACUCUGAGCUCCAAAAGACCAUUUCAAAGCCAGCCUGGGCUAUGGAAACUGCUCUGCUUCCCACUCUCGUCCACCCUGUUCCCUCCAGUCUAAAGCUGGAGGGGCCAUCGGGCACUUUGGACUGAGAGUCAUAGCUCAAGGUUCCCCAAGAGCUGCACCCUUGCCUGGAACUGUCCCACACGGGGCUCUGUCUGGUGUUCGGGCAGUGCUGUCUCAGUUCAGGCUUUGGUGAGAAUGCUCAGGUCUGCCCCAUGGCUCCUUCCUCCACUGUGGCUGUGCAGGGUUCUGUGGAGCAGGAGAGCCAGUUUCUCAGUGACCAUGUGCAAUAAAGCAGUUCUGGGCCCACUGUGGAGUCCCAGAAGACGGGCAGGGAGUGCCCCGGUGAGGGUCUGGAGUUAUCGGUGAGGCAGGGCCUUUGUGCUGCCUCCUGUCUGCCCCUGCUCUCAGGAACAUCACAUGGCCAUGCCAAGGACAGGGUGAAGAUGGUAUUUUUGAUGACAUCUGUCCUGGGUUUGCCUUCUGCUCUCAUCCCAGUUCCAGCUGCCUAAUGUCUUUUGGGAGGUGGUGGCAGCAACAGUGGCCUUAGCGGCCUCUCUCUCAUCACAGCUGCCCAAGUGCCAGUUUCGGAAGCGUCCAGCCCACUGUGGCUUUCUUGACCAACCCCACUUCUGGACUCAGAUGUGUGAGCAAGGAGGUGAGGUGAGGUGGCCCCCCAGGGUGGGGAGCCAGCAGGACCCCAUCUCCUGCACCCUGGUCCAGAAGCUUCAUCCCAAGCCCAGAGCCUUCCUGGGAGACAUGGAGUGGUGAGGGCUGUGCUCUGGCUUUGCAAGCAAUAAGCGACCUUCAGCUUUCCCUGAAGGAGCAGGGACUCGGCACAGGAAUCACUUUAGCUGGGCGGAAGGAGUGUCCUCUCUGAAGAGUUUGUUCCUCACUCUGUCUUUGAGCUUGAAUGCAGGUAGUUUUUGUACUUCGAGAGCUGCCAUUGGUCCCUCCCACUCCCCACCCUCCCUGGAUGGCACCAUUUUGGUCUCCCAGGCUUGGAAGGGAAGCACUGUUGGGUUCAAGCAGUGCCAGCUUCAGGAGCCAGGAUGACCGUGCCACCAAAUGGUUGACAAACAGUUGACUGUAAAAGUUGUAUCACUUCCUACUAAAUUAAAUUGGGAAAAAUACUUAGUUUCUACUCUUUAGAAACUGCAAAAUAGGAGAAAAGUGAAGAGGAAAACCCCUUUCCCCCCCGCUUCUUGUAUAUAGUUCAAGUCUUUGUUCCAUUUAAACUGCACCCAUGUAAGUCUGUUUCCUUUGGACUGCUAGUGUUAUAGACGGAAAUAAAACCGGUGGUUUGACCCCGCA